AUGAAGUUCCUUACUCUCUUGCCCCUCCUCGGCCUCACCGCUGCCAGUGCCAUUCCCAAGAACCAGCAGGACGACGACUGCUGCCCAGUCGGUGGCACUCUGACCCCUCCUUACGUGUCGGCCUGCGGAUACUACGAGAUCAGCGCCAAGAGGCCUGACCAGCACUUCCCUCCCUCGCUAUCGCCCAAGGUUACGCCGAACGAUCUCUGCUUCAUUACCAACCUCGAGCUGCCCCCUUCGGCCGCCGGCAAGACCUGCACUCUCAAGUUCCUACUACCCACGCAGGAGCAGGCCCACCAGUGGUACCACUUCUCCGGCCCGGGCCACUUCAACUUCACCGGCUACGCUACCGGCGUCGGUGCGGACGACACCACUACCUACAACCACCAGCCCGCACCGGGUCCCAGCCCUCCCAGCCCUCCGGAAAUUCUGCCUGGCAACGCUUACACUAUCUUCUCCGGUCCCUGCGGCGUCACUGAUCCGUCCCGCCCGACCACCGUCAGUGGCAGCCUCUGCAGCAAGGACAGCACCCUCAGCUUCACCCAGAGCGAGGGUCCUGAUUGCCCGAUUGGCUUCUUUGUCGAGAUUUCUUAA